AAGCGGCCACAAAACAUUCCUGGACAACUAGUCAGCUCGCUACCUGUACAACAAGAGAGAAAGGAGAUUGCAGCCUUUCAAGUUGUUUUUCAAGAAGAGAUGAAUUCAGAGAGUGUUCAAACAUUGGUACUAAAGAAUUUGCAUAUUUAGCGUUUGCAAACAUCUCUUCAGAUGCCUGGCUAGAUAGCCAGUCACUGGUUCCACUUGUUCUCUCGUUGCUGUGUCAUGAAAGACAACUCCAAUGGAGAGAGCAACAGGUCCCUCCAUAUUGUGCUUUGAUGAAUGUAAUAGGAUCAAGAAACUGCACCAAGUACUCCUGCAAUAACUGUGCUCAGUUUUUAUUGUAUAUUGAAGAUCAAUGGAGUGCUAAUGACACUGUAUCAUCUUCAGUUAUUGAUGAUGUACUGUCACUGGAGAGCUCUAGGAUUGCUCUUGCUCUGGCUGGAUUCGUGUACAUUAAAAACUCAACUGAAACUGAAGGUAAUCCAGUAAUGUCAGCAGGUGUCCCUCUUGCAUCAUGGAUAUGCUUAAUACUAGGAGUCAUAGUGUCUUCAGUAAUAUUCUUCAAACCAAUAUGGUGGGACAGAUGCCUAAAGAGGUUAAAGAAAAGUGACUGUUGUAACAGAUGAAGUCUUAUGUUUACAAGAAUGCAGAACUUUAUUUAAAUACAUCACAUUAAUGUAAUAUUGUUUAUUAUGAAUUGAACAUUAUCAAUUGUCUUUGAACCUAAAGUCUUGGAUUUAUAUAUUUCAUCAAUAAUUCUGAUA